AUGGACGCAAAGCCACAGCGAUUCCGAGCUGUUGGGGAUGAGAAUGUGCCCCCGCCGUCCCUCCACAAUCAGAACCAUAAGGUAAUCCAUCAACGAAACAAGUCAAGCCCCGCUCUGAGUAUGAUGGCUCAGAACAAUGUUGGCCGACGGGCAUUUGUUGAUGUGAGCAACACCAAGGAUAUGAGUCGGGCUAGCCGGGAUGACUCCGCCGUCGGUGGAAAGCCCGCCCUGGCUGAGGUGAAGGCUCCUGGACUGUCCCAGCCAGCCCAGCGCCGCAUGACUCUGUCAGGAACCAGGGGCAUCGCUGAUACCGUUGUCACAACAAAGCCAAUGAAUCCCGCCGGCAAAGCUCAACUGGCGUACAAAUCGAAGCGAAACAACGCCGUCUUCAAAGACCAACAACUGCACACCGUCCCCGAAAAAGACGCAUCCAAGGAAACCAACACAGACACAGAAGUCAAGGCCAGCUAUAAGGGAGUGGAGAAAGUGCGACCCUCAAAUGUUGUUGAGGAGGAGCCUUCGAAUAGGCUUAACGUGGAUAGUGCUAGCCUCGUCGAGUCUGAUGCCACCGUAUCUGAGACCGAAGAUAUCAAGGAGCACGGAAAUGUCAAGGAGCCUGUGUCGGCGGUAUCAGAGCCUGAGGAAUGGGACGGGGAUGAUACCGAGUAUCACGUUGCGCCCAUCUACUCCACUCGUGGGGAUAAUACCGAUGGAGCCACUGCCGUCAUUUAUCCAUGCAUGAGCAAUGUAACCACUCGUGAGAUGUUCCGGGCUAAAGACAUUGUCGAAAGUGAGCAAACACCAGAGGACAUCGAGGAAGAACUGUUGGACACAACCAUGGUCGCAGAGUAUAACGACGAGAUUUUCCUUCACUUAAGAAAGAAAGAGAUCGAUAUGCUCCCGGUCCCUGACUACAUGGCCCGUCAGAGCGAACUCCAGUGGUCGAUGCGCUCAGUUCUGAUGGACUGGCUCGUUCAAGUUCACCAGCGCUUCAACUUGCUGCCUGAAACACUGUUCCUCACAGUGAACUACAUCGACCGCUUUUUGUCCUACAAGGUUGUUUCAAUGGGCAAACUGCAGCUUGUUGGUGCAACCGCCAUCUUCAUUGCUGCAAAGUUCGAGGAGAUUACAGCCCCUUCUGUGCAAGAAAUCGUUUACAUGGUUGAUAGUGGAUAUUCCGUGGACGAGAUUCUGAAGGCAGAACGGUUCAUGCUUACGAUCCUCGACUUCGAUCUUGGAUGGCCUGGUCCUAUGAGUUUCCUUCGCCGCAUUAGCAAGGCUGAUGAAUAUGACCUGGAAACUCGUACUGUUGCCAAGUACUUCCUUGAGCUGGCUAUUAUGGACGAGCGCUUUGUCUGCACCCCGCCCAGCUUCAUUGCUGCCGGUGCCCAUUGCCUGUCUCGUCUGCUGCUAAACAAGGGCAACUGGACGCCGGCACACGCCUUUUACAGUGGUUAUCUUUACUCCCAGCUGAUUCCGGUUCUGACCACACUGAUGGAAUGCUGUGAGAAUCCUCGCCGUCACCACGCCGCCAUCUUUGAAAAGUAUUCAGAUCGGCGUUUUAAACGUGCCGCGAUGUUUGUUGAAGCCGAGCUUGCCACGGACUUCGCUUUGCCUAAGCCCGUCAGUCUCAAUGAUCCAGAUCGCUUGGAUGGCUACGCAAACUACUAA